CUCUCUCUCUCUCUCUCUCUCUCUCUCUCUCUCUCUCUCUCUCUCUCUCUCUCUCUCUCUCUCUCUCUCUCUCUAUGGGGCUUUUGAAAGUUUGGGUCACCAUUCUCAUGACCCCUUGUGCAACUUUCUUGGGGAGGAAAUGGAAUCUUCUAGACCUUGUGACAGCUGGUAUGUUCUUGAGUGUGCAUUGCCUGGCUUUGUUUGCACCGUUUUACUUCACUUGGACUGCGUUUUUCGUGGCCUAUUUGCUGGCCGUUGUGACCGGUUUUGGAAUCACUCUUUCUUACCAUAGAAAUCUUGCUCAUAGAAGUUUUAGGGUUCCAAAAUUGCUUGAGUACUUGUUUGCCUACUGUGGGGUUCUUGCACUUGAGGGAAGUCCAAUUGAAUGGGUGAGCACACACCGAUACCACCACCAGUUUACUGAUACAGAAAAAGACGCUCACAGCCCUCUUAAGGGUUUCUGGUAUAGUCAUAUGGGCUGGAUCCUUGAUAGCAAUUCUCGGUUUGGAAGAUAUGGAGGACUAAGGAAUGUUGAAGACAUGAAAAAGCAGCCAUUUUAUGUGUUUCUUCAUCAUACUUUCAUGCUACACUCAUUUGUUCUUGCAGGCAUAUUAUAUGCCGUGGGUGGACUUCCCUUCUUGGUUUGGGGAGUGGGCGUGAGAAUGGUAGUUGUUUUCCACAGUACUUUGUUUGUAAAUUCUGCUGGCCACACCUGGGGAUAUCAGGCAUGGAACACCGGGGAUCUGUCUAAGAACCUUUGGUGGUUGGGAUUGCUUGCACUUGGAGAAGGCUGGCACAAUAAUCACCAUGCUUUCGAAUACUCAGCUCGACAAGGCCUGGAAUGGUGGCAAAUUGACUUGACUUGGUACAUCAUAAAAUUUCUUGAAGCUCUAGGACUGGCAACAGAUGUCAAAGUACCAUCCGAGGCUCACAGGCAACGGAUGGCUUUAAAGACAGACUAAAUCCAUGGCUGCUCAAGAUUGCUAAGCAUGGGAUGUCUAGCUUCAAACUCUAUUUGCUGUUUUAGGGUGGUAAUGAUAUUUUUCAUGCAUGUUGUGGGCCUUAUUAUUGUUCAGAAUUAAUGCUAUGCUUUGUAUUAGCAAUUAAUGCUUUACUUUUAACCAGGCAUUUAUAACAAACUUGAGGGGUUUUGUUUCA